AUGUCUACGUCCACCAUCCUAGCGAUCGUAUGCGGCGUCGUCGCAUGUGGCGCAAUUGGCGGCGCCUUGUUGAUGGCGAUCUUGCGAACUCGUCCUCGGUACUUCGACUCGGACGACGACAUCUUCCAGGACGAUCCCCGGCCAAUUCCUGCCACGCUCCACGCUGCAAAUUCGUUGGUGGACGGGUGGACUGGCACGUACGCGCGGCCCUCUGGCGUGUGCUCGGAACCCGCGAUCUUGGCUAGCACGCGAUCCGACGUCGAGCUGGCGAUAUUGAGCUUUCAAUCCGAGUUGGAGGCUGUCCUCGGCUCGAUUCGAUCCGACAACGGGGCCAACACUGCGAUGAGCUCGAUCCGGUCGAGCGGGUCGGCCCGUAGCAACGGCGUCGGCAUUGCCAUCCGCGUGCCCAGCCUCCUCGACGUCAACCCAGACGUGUAUGCGCAGAACCCUCAGCUUCGUCUGUCGAUCUCGCAAUGCCGGAAGGAUGUGCUGCAACUGUACCUGGGUCAUGAAUCCCCGCUAUGA